UUCUGCAAUUGGUGCAUUACAUUAUUACGAAUGCCGCAAUUUGGAUGGAUUGAGGAUAUCGAGGAGGGAAAAAAACUAGACCAAUUUCGCUCCAAGCACUAAUGAAUUCUCACAGGAGAAGGCUCGAGUGAAGGGCUAAAAGUCAAACCUCAGCACGGCUCACAGUCAGUUUUUUCUCGGUAUAUGUACAUAUUAUUAUUAUUAUUUUAUCCCAGAGACGCCUAUUCCUUGUAGUGUAUCAACUUUCUUUUUCUCGGAUGCGACACAACAAAUACGAGCCGUGUUCUAAUAGAUCGACACAUCCUACAAGACAGUUGAGACAGUGUGACCAUAAAUCGCCCAACAACUUUCUCCAAUUUCAUCCAUCACGAGGAGCAGAGCUGGAAAUGGAUGGAAUAUGGCCUUCUCCCACUCACUCGCUCAUGUUAAUCUCAGCGGGUGGGGCAGAAUGAGACAACCCAGUUUUGCAAUAAACAAGCAAUCGAGUUGGGAAUUGUUUUUGACAGUGAGACUAACUUUAGUUUUUUUUGUUAUUCAAACGCUUAUCAUAUUCGAAAAAUUAAAAUGUCACAAAAACAAUACUCGUGGUCAGCAGAAUGGUAUGAGCCUGAUAUGGUCACUAUUUUUUCCCGUUUUGUGGGUACAAGCAACAAGAACCCUGUAGAUGCGGCCUGGCAUCACUUUUACUUCAUCAGAAGUGCCUCAGAUAAAGGGGUCUGCACUGAUGGGGCAUAUCUCGAAUUAGGGAAGAAAUUCCACCCAAAUGGGGCUGUUAGAUACAAAGGGACGGGAGGAGUGAAUUCGAAGGACGCUCAUGCGAAGAGAGCAAUAGUUAGGACUCAAAGAGCUACCACUGGGCAUCAUGCCAGUUUCCAAUCUAUGGCGAACUUAGAUUCGGGAGAGAAAGCUGUGAUUGUGGCAAACUUGGAGCAAGUCCCUGUACUUUCUCCUCUCCCAACAAAUAUCUACUGGAACGGGACUCCAAUCAAUCAGGAAAUAAUGCCGAAGAGCGAUUUGCCUAAAGAACACCCAGAUUAUGGAUUGCAUAGAGACUCUUGUGGAAGAGAAAACCAAACUCUCCCAACGUACAAGGUCGUCGACAUGGCCAACGCCAUAAUGGAAUUCGCGAACCCGAAUGCGACGAAGGGAAGCGCAGCAAAAAAAUUUGACGUGAGCCAUUCAUCUCUACAACGCAAUAUUUCCGACAUGGAAAAAGAAAGUCCGGUUCCCACAACGUUGGAAGAAAUAUGUUUGUUCGUGGCUAAACGGAGCCCAAUGGCCAAUCGAGAAGGAUGUUCCGAACAAGUGAUGGCCAUUCCACUCACACGACAAGGAGUCACAAAGGAAAAAGGACCAAAAGCAAAGAAGGCCAAACCUAAUUUGCAGGCCUUACUCGAUGAAGCCAAUGCACGAAAUGCUGAACUGGAGAAGAAGAAUCGAAAGCUGGACAAGAAAGUGGAAGAAUUGCGUGAGAAAAACGACGAAAAGAGAAAGAUUAUCAAGAAGUUGAGACUGAAGUAUGAACCUUAGUUCAUUUCAUUUUUUAAUUAUAUUAAUUGUUGACUUGAAAAUUUUUUCGAAAUUUGAUAUGUAGUAAACAAAAAUUGUUUUUGAUUAUCUUUGUAA